AGUCAGUCAGUCAGUCAGUCAGUCAAAACGCGAAUCCUGCUUUUUUAAGCGGUUUUCGCCACAUCUACCGCUCAUUUGCCAUUCGUGUCAAGCACUGCUGACAAAAUCAAACCGUUAUGUCGUUGAUGAAUUUUGGCAGUUGGCCUUUGUGAUCACAGACGGGAAGCAAACCACAACAGGAAACUACACCAGACUUUCGGAAGCCUCCCAAGGAAUUAAAAACAAGGGGAUCACUGUGUAUGUUCUUGGUGUUGGCAAUGGAGUAGAUCGAGCAGAGCUGGAGGAGAUCGCAUCCAGGUCAGACUACGUCAGUGUAACUCCAUCAUUUCAAGAUCUCCUAUCCAUCUCUUCGGGGAUAAGACAGCUAUUUUGUGCCGUUCCAACGCAAGCACCCAUAGUGACAACACCUCCAGACCCAUGCGUUACGGAUGGCUGCCGUGCUCCAUACAAUAUCGGUUGCCGUGUAGUGAACAAAACAGCACAGUGUAUUUGCCCUACAUGUCCUAACGUACGUAGGCCUGUGUGUGCAUCGGAUGGUGUACAAGACCUCAGCGAGUGUCAUCUGAAGCAACAGGCUUGUGGGAUGGAUAUUGCUGUCACUGUUGCAAAGCAGGCACCGUGUGAAAAAGAAUGCAGCACCGUUGUGGAUAUCGCCUUCGUCGUUGAUUCAUCCGGAAGUAUUGGUCGCAGCAAUUGGGAAAGAGUAAAACGGUUUCUCAAAUCCUUGGUCAGCAAAUUGGACGUUAGUCCUUCCGCAACGCACUUAGCUGUUAUAUCAUACAGUACCAAUCCCAAGGUAGAGCUGCGAUUUAAUGGCCUUCAAAAUACCGACGAGGUCAAUCGAAAGUUUGACGAUAUGCUUUGGCAGCGUGGCUUUACCUACACGGAUAAAGCUCUCCAGCUUGCGGACAGAGAUCUGUUCCAGAUUUCAAACGGGAUGAGAUCAAGCGUGCCAAAGCUCGCCCUCGUCAUCACAGACGGAAAGCAAACAACAACAUCAUCUUACACUAGACUUUCAGUGGCCUCGCAAGGAAUGAAAACUAAAGGAGUUACCGUAUAUGCUAUCGGAGUGGGUGCUGGAGCUGAUCGAGCAGAGCUGGCAGAGAUUGCUUCCGGAUCAAAAUACGUUUACACUUCAACCUCAUUCAAAGAUCUUCAGAACAUCGCGCCAACAAUAAGAAAGCGUCUGUGCCAAACACCUACCCAAGCACCACAAGUAUCGACACCCAUGAAGCCAGAUCUUUGUGAGACUCGAGGCUGCAGUGCUCCAUACAACAUCGGUUGCCGAGUAGUGGACAGCCAACCGCAAUGUAUUUGUCCCACUUGUCCCAACAUACGCAGGCCAGUUUGUGCAUCGGAUGAUGUGCAGGAUCUGAGCGAGUGUCAUCUGAAGCAACAGGCUUGUCUGGGAAACAUACCUGUCACUGUAGUGAAGCAGGGACAAUGCGAUAAGGAAUGCCGCCCCGUCCUGGAUAUUGCUUUUAUUGUCGACUCAUCUGGAAGUAUUGGACGCAGCAACUGGGAGAGAGUGAAGCGAUUCGUCAAAGCAUUAAUAAGCAAACUUGACGUCAGGAACUCUGGCACACGCGUGGCAGCUAUAGCAUACAGUACCAAUCCCGAAGUGGUGACCAGAUUUAGAAGCUAUCAGGGGACGGACCAUGUUAAUCGACUGAUUGACACGAUGCGGUUUCAGCGUGGCUUCACCUACACGGAUAAAGCACUUUUACUUGCAGACAGAGAUCUGUUUCAAAGAUCCAACGGGAUGAGAUCAAACGUGCCAAAGUUGGCCUUUGUGAUCACAGACGGUAAGCAGACAACAACACAAGCGUACACGAAACUUUCGGAGGCUUCAAGAGGAAUGAAAAAUAAAGGGGUCACAGUGUAUGCUGUUGGCGUUGGUAGUGGGGCAGAUACUGCAGAGCUGGAAGAGAUUGCCUCCGGGUCAAAGUACGUGUACACAUCAGCAUCAUUCAGAGAUCUGCAGAACAUCACUCCAAAAAUAAGAAAGCGCUUGUGUGGAGCAGCAGUUCCUACCCGAACAACGACAGUAACCCCAGCUCCUACAACGCCAGAUCCUUGUGUCGCGCCAGGAUGCGAUGCUCCGUACAACAUCGGAUGUCGGGUAGUUGACAAUAAACCACAGUGUAUUUGUCCUUCUUGUUCCAAUACCCUGAGGCCUGUUUGUGCAUCGGAUGAUGUACAGGACCUGAGCGAAUGUCACUUGAAACGCCAAGCUUGUCAAGGAAACAUUACUGCUACUGUUGCAAAGCAGGGACCAUGCGAUAAAGAAUGUCGUGCCGUUGUGGAUAUCGCUUUUAUAAUUGAUUCAUCUGGAAGUAUUGGUCGCACCAAUUGGGAAAAAAUGAAACGAUUCCUUAAAGCGUUGGUCAGCAAGCUUGAUGUGAGCCCUUCUGCCACACACAUAGCAGCUGUCUCAUACAGUACCAAUCCGGAGGUGGUGUUAAGAUUCAGUGGGUUUCAGGGCACUGUCCAGGUUAACCAGCUACUAGACAGAAUGCGUUUUCAGCGUGGCUUUACCUACACAGACAAAGCGCUCCUUCUCGCAGACAGAAUCCUGUUUCAAACGUCAACCGGAAUGAGAUUAAGCGUACCAAAGUUCGCCAUUGUGAUCACAGAUGGAAAACAGACAACGACACUGCCUUACACGAGACUUUCAGAAGCUUCGCGAGGAAUAAAAAAUAAAGGCAUUACUGUCUACGCUCUUGGAGUUGGCAGUGGAGCCGAUCGAGCAGAGCUGGAGGAGAUCGCUUCUGGGUCAGAGUACGUUUUCACAUCUUCGUCAUUUAGUGAUCUCCAGAACAUCGCUCCAAGAAUUACAAAGCGAUUCUGUGCCGUACCAACACAAACGACUACAACAGCCCCGACGCCUACAACCACAGAUCCAUGUGUCACUCAAGGCUGCCGUGCUCCAUACAAUAUCGGCUGCCAAGUAGUGGACAACAAAGCACAGUGUAUUUGUCCUUCUUGUUCCAAUAUUCCAAGGCCUGUUUGUGCAACGGAUGGUGUUCAGGACCUAAGCGAGUGUCAUAUGAGACGACAAGCUUGUCAAGGAGAUAUAACGGUUGCUGUUGCAAAGCAGGGACCAUGUGAUAAAGAAUGUAGCACGGUUGUGGAUAUCGCUUUUGUCGUUGAUUCAUCUGGAUCUAUUGGUCGCACCAAUUGGGAAAGAAUGAAACGAUUUCUGAAAACAUUAGUCAGCAGACUUGACGUCAGCCCAUCCGCCACACACAUAGCAGCUAUAGCAUACAGUAACAGUCCUGAGGUAGUCAUGAGGUUUAAUGGUAUUCAGGGUACAAACCAGGUUAAUCAGUUGCUUGACAGGAUGCGUUAUCAGCGUGGCUUUACCUACACGGACAAAGCACUCCUUCUUGCGGACAGUGAUCUAUUUCAGUCUUCCACCGGAAUGAGAUCCAAUGUGCCCAAGUUGGCCAUUGUGAUCACAGAUGGGAAACAGACAACAACACUACCUUACACGAGACUUUCAGUAGCUUCACUAGGAAUAAAAAAUAAAGGCGUUACUGUGUAUGCUCUUGGAGUUGGAAGUGGAGCAGAUCGAGCCGAGCUGGAAGAGAUUGCAUCUGGGUCGGAGUACGUUUUCACGUCUUCGUCAUUUAGUGAUCUCCAGGACAUCACUCCAAAAAUUACAAAGCGAUUCUGUGCCGUACCAAAACAAACAACAACAACAGCCCCGACGCCUACAACCACAGUGCCAACACAAACGACAACAACAGCACCGACACCUACAACCACAGAUCCAUGUGUCACUCAAGGCUGCCGUGCUCCAUACAAUAUUGGCUGCCAAGUAGUGGACAACAAAGCACAGUGUAUUUGUCCUACCUGUUCCAAUAUUCCAAGGCCUGUUUGCGCAACGGAUGGGGUACAGGACCUAACCGAAUGUCAUCUCAGACAACAAGCUUGUCAGGGAGAUAUAACGGUUGCUGUUGCAAAGCGGGGACCAUGUGAUAAAGAAUGUCGCACCGUUAUGGAUAUCGCUUUUGUCGUUGAUUCAUCUGGAUCUAUUGGUCGCACCAAUUGGGAAAGAAUGAAACGAUUUCUGAAAGCAUUGGUCAGCAGACUUGACGUCAGCCCAUCCGCCACACACAUAGCAACUAUAGCAUACAGUAACAGACCUGAGGUAGUCAUGAGGUUUAAUGGUAUUCAGGGUACAAACCAGGUUAAUCAGUUGCUUGACAGGAUGCGUUAUCAGCGUGGCUUCACCUACACGGACAAAGCACUCCUUCUUGCGGACAGUGAUCUAUUUCAGUCUUCCACUGGAAUGAGAUUCAAUGUACCCAAGUUGGCCAUUGUGAUUACAGAUGGGAAACAGACAACAACACAAUCUUACACGAGACUUUCAGUAGCUUCACGAGGAAUAAAAAAUAAAGGCGUUACUGUCUACGCUAUUGGAGUUGGCAGUGGAGCCGAUCGAGCAGAGCUGGAAGAGAUUGCAUCUGGGUCGGAGUACGUUUUCACAUCUUCGUCUUUUAGUGAUCUCCAAGACAUCGCUCCAAGGAUUACAAAGCGAUUCUGUGCCGUACCAACACAAACGACAACAACAGCCCCGACACCUACAACGACAGAUCCAUGUGUCACUCAAGGCUGCCGUGCUCCAUACAAUAUCGGCUGCCAAGUAGUGGACAACAAAGCACAGUGUAUUUGUCCUACCUGUUCUAAUAUUCCAAGGCCUGUUUGCGCAACCGAUGGUGUACAGGAACUGAGCGAGUGUCAUCUGAGACGACAAGCUUGUCAGAAAGAUAUAACGGUUGCUGUUGCAAAGCAGGGACCAUGUGAUAAAGAAUGUCGCACCGCUAUGGAUAUUGCUUUUGUUGUUGAUUCAUCUGGAUCUAUUGGUCGCACCAAUUGGGAAAGAAUGAAACGAUUUCUGAAAGCAUUGGUCAGUAGACUUGACGUCCGCCCAUCCGCCACACACAUAGCAGUUAUAGCAUACAGUAACAGUCCUGAGGUAGUCAUGAGGUUUAAUGGUAUUCAGGGUACAAACCAGGUUAAUCAGUUGCUUGACGGGAUGCGUUAUCAGCGUGGCUUUACCUACACGGACAAAGCACUCCUUCUUGCGGACAGUGAUCUAUUUCAGUCUUCCACCGGAAUGAGAUUCAAUGUACCCAAGUUGGCCAUUGUGAUUACAGAUGGGAAACAGACAACAACACUGCCUUACACGAGACUUUCAGUAGCUUCACGAGGAAUAAAAAAUAAAGGCAUUACUGUCUACGCUCUUGGAGUUGGCAGUGGAGCCGAUCGAGCAGAACUUGAGGAGAUUGCAUCUGAGCCAAGCUACGUUUUCACAUCUUCGUCAUUUAGUGAUCUCCAGGACAUCGCUCCAAGAAUUACAAAGCGAUUCUGUACCGUACCGACACAAACGACAACAACAGCCCCGACACCUACAACCUCAGAUCCAUGUGUCACUCAAGGCUGCCGUGCUCCAUACAAUAUCGGCUGCCAAGUAGUGGACAACAAAGCACAGUGUAUUUGUCCUACCUGUUCCAAUAUUCCUAGGCCUGUUUGCGCAACGGAUGGUGUUCAAGACCUAAGCGAGUGUCAUCUGAGACGGCAAGCUUGUCAGGGAGAUAUAACGGUUGCUGUUGCAAAGCAGGGACCAUGUGAUAAAGAAUGUCGCACCGUUAUGGAUAUCGCUUUUGUUGUUGAUUCAUCUGGAUCUAUUGGUCGCACCAAUUGGGAAAGAAUGAAACGAUUUCUGAAAGCAUUGGUUAGCAGACUUGACGUCAGCCCAUCCGCCACCCACAUAGCAGCUAUAGCAUACAGUAACAGGCCUGAGGUAGUCAUGAGGUUUAAUGGUAUUCAGGGUGCAAACCAGGUUAAUCAGUUGCUUGACAGGAUGCGUUAUCAGCGUGGCUUCACUUACAUAGACAAAGCACUCCUUCUUGCAGACAGUGAUCUGUUUCAGUUGUCCAACGGAAUGAGAUCCAAUGUGCCCAAAUUGGCCAUUGUAAUCACAGAUGGGAAACAGACAACAACACUACCUUACACGAGACUUUCAGUAGCUUCACUAGGAAUGAAAAAUAAAGGCGUUACGGUGUAUGCUCUUGGAGUUGGAAGUGGAGCCGAUAAAGCAGAGUUGGAGGAGAUCGCAUCUGGGUCAGAGUACGUAAUCACAUCAUCGUCAUUUAGAGAUCUCCAGAACAUCGCUCCAAGGAUAACAAGGCGAUUUUGUCAAGAUUCAACACCAACAACGAAAGUAACAAAGACACAAGCACCAACCACAACACCAGUCACUCCUGAUCGUUGUGAGACCCUGGGCUGUCGUGCUCCAUACAAUGUCGGAUGUCGUGUGGUGGACAAUCAAGCCCAAUGUAUCUGUCCUACUUGUCCCAACAUAUCAAGGCCUGUUUGUGCAUCAGAUGACGUACAAGAUCUGAGCGAGUGUCAUCUGAGACGACAAGCUUGUCAAGGGGAUAUGGUUGUUUUUACUGCGAAGCGGGGCCCUUGUGAUGCGGAUUGCAGUCCCCUCGUGGAUAUUGCUUUUAUCAUCGAUUCAUCUGGAUCUAUUGGGCGCACGAAUUGGGAAAGAAUGAAACGAUUCAUUAAAGCAUUGGUCAGCAAACUUGAUGUCAGCCCAUCAGCUACGCAUGUAGCAGCUGUAGCAUACAGCACCAAUCCUGUGGUUGUGAUGAGGUUCACGGACGCGCAGGAUACGGACGAGGUGAAUAGAUUGUUUGAUGGAAUGCUUUGGCAGCGUGGUUUUACUUACACGGACAAAGCCCUCCAGCUUGCAGACAGAGACCUGUUUCAGACUUCAAACGGCAUGAGACCAAAUGUAGCGAAGAUAGCAAUUGUCAUCACAGAUGGGAAGCAAACUAAAACUGGUGUAUACACCAGCCUUGUUGUAGCGUCAGAAGGUAUCAAGAACACGGGCGCUACAGUGUACGCUAUUGGAGUUGGAAACGGAGUGGACAGGAAUGAGCUAGAAGAGAUUGCGUCGGAUUCUGAGUACGUGUUUACAUCGUCUUCAUUCAGGGCACUACGGACCAUUGCACCGCGGAUCCGAACUGGAAUAUGUGAAGAUCCCGAAGCCAAGUACUCGGCCAACGUUAUAUUUGUGAUGGAUUCGUCCAGCGAGACGGCUUCCACGUAUAACACGGAAAAAGACCUCAUCAAAUCCCUUGCAAGAUACCUUAACAUCGACCCCCAGGGAACCAGGGCAGCUCUCAUUGUAUUCAACGGCCGGCCUGUGGUAAUCUCCGACUUUGAAAGCUUCAGAUCAGCUUCUGCCUUCGAAUCCGUCGUUGAUAACGUUCCUCACUAUGGAGGAGACAGGAGUGUCAGUGAGGCUUUGAGAACUGCUGCAGGGAUGUUUCCCAAGUCCCCGUCUUCUGUUUCCAAAGUUGUUUUCCUUGUGACAUCUGGGAAGCCACUGCAAAACGAGGAUUGGAAUUCAUUUGGUGACGUCCUUAACAGGCUAUACGCCCUAGGUGUGAGGACGUACGUUGCUCUGAUUGGCCCAUCUCCUAGCAUUCCAGACUUUAGUUCCAGUUUGGAAAAUCCAGAAAACGUGUUUUCCAUACCUUCACGCAGCGAUAUUCCAGAGCAGAUCAAUCAGAUCGGAAGUCAGGUGUUGACGGACUCUGUGAGGCCAUACGAGUUCAAUCUCACGAUGUACGUCUUGUUCGUCAUCGAUUCGUCCGCUGAGGUGACGCCUUCCAACUUUGGACUAGAAAAAGAAUUCAUAAAAUCCUUAAUCAGCCAACUGAACAUUUAUCCAGCCGACAGCGGUUCUCGAGUCGGUAUUAUGGUUUACAGUGAUGGCCCGACAAUGGUCUUAGAUUUCCAAAACCAGGAAAGCAAGUCCAGUCUAGAGACGAUCAUCGACAACCUUCCCCAUUUGAGAGGUGCCAGGCGAAUCGACAGAGCUUUGAAGGCGGCAACGGACGCCCUGAGGGACAUCAAUGUUGAUCAUCCAAAGUUUGUCGUAUUGGUAGCUGCAGGUCGACAAACCGAUGAACCAGGUUCACAAACAUUUAGUGCUGCGGUAAAACCGCUCCAUCGUACUGGAACGAAAAUUCACGUAAUGGCAGUUGGAGACAAGGUUGAUCCCAGUUACUUCCAAGGGGACGGUAAAAACAAAUCCAGUGUUAUAUCUGUUCCUUCCUUCCUUGAUCUGGCACAAGGGGCGGAAAGGCUCUCGACUGACCUUCUGGUUGACUAUGUUGCCCCUCGGGAACCUCAAACUGCUACACCAAGCCCAACGACGGCAGAAGAAACUACUCCAUCAGAAAUACCAUCGACAACGGAACCAAGGGAAACAACUACUGUUCCUGUGAAAGUGCACGGGGGCUGGGGCCCGUGGGGUGGAUGGAGCAAAUGUACCAAGACGUGUGGGUCGGGGAUGCAGACUCAAGAACGCAGAUGUGAUAGUCCCACACCAGAAAAUGGCGGAAGGCCGUGCAAUGGACCCCGACUACAGUCCCGUGCUUGCAAUACCAGAAGUUGUCCUGUGCACGGCGGCUGGGGCCCGUGGGGUGCAUGGAGUACAUGUACUAAGACGUGUGGGUCGGGGACACAGUCUCAAGAACGUAGAUGCGAUAAUCCUAGACCACAAUAUGGCGGAAGGCCUUGCGAAGGACCAAGACAGCAAUCCCGAGCAUGCAAUACCAGGAAGUGUCCAGAUGCACCUCCUUCUUCAGUGGACAUCGUGUUUCUUUUAGACACAUCAAACGGUGUCACCCAAAGCGACCUUAGACAACAGAAGGACUUCGCGAAACUCGUGGCUAAACAGUUUGGCAUUGCUCCUAGUUCCUCACACGCUGCAGUAAUCAGUUACAGCGACAAACCAAUACUGAUUGGUGGAUUUUUUGAUUAUCUUAUGGGCAAAAGCUUUGAGGAUAUCGUAGACUCCGUGACCCUUACUGGAGGUAGGAGAAAUAUUCAGGAAGCUCUUCAGCAAACACAGCGACUGCUUACUAGUGCGCGCCCCGACGUUCCACGAGUGGUCUUCCUUAUAACGUACGGACAGCAGGCGCGCGAGCUUGGAUCCCAGCGACUUCGGGAGAUGGCAAAAAGUGUCAGGGACAUGCGUGCUGUCUUGUAUAUCAUUGGUGUAGGUGUCGAUGAUAAUGAUCCGCAGUUGCAGCCGGUUGUGGAAAGACGGAGUGACUUUUUCGAGAUUCCAUCCUCAAGCGACUUAAAUUCCUACGUGCAACCCAUUGCGUAUUAUGUCGUUUCCAGAACUGAUACUAGUGCACCAAAGGAUUACAAAGCUGAAGUGAUCUAUGUCGUGGAUUCGUCCUCUUUUGUUGGAUUAGACAACUAUCAGACAGAGAAAGAUUUUGUCAAAUCUUUGGCGCGCGUGUUAAACCACAGCCCCGAUCAUACACAAUCUUCAGUCAUCAUAUUUGAUUCCUUCCUUGAAACACCGAUUCGCAUGGGAAGUUAUAGAGAACUUGGUAGUUUUUCGGAAGCUGUCACCAAUCUUCGGUACCUUGGCGGUUCCAGCAGCCGACUAGAUUUCGCUCUAGCAUUUGCUACGAGAGGCUUCUCAACUAAUCGGCCCGACGUACCUAAAAUAAUCAUCGUGAUUACCAACAAAGAUCCGCCAAAUAGAGGGCCCAUUGAUUCGUUAGCCGGUAUCAUUCGACAGGAAGGCAAGGCUGUGUACGUCAUAGCUGUUGGAAACGAGGCCGAUUUUCCGAACCUUCAAAGACUGGUUGUUCGACCUGAGGACAUGUACACGCCGAAGGCGUUUGCUGAUGUGAUGAGCUACGUUCCUUCAAUUGCUUCGAACAUUUUAGCACAGACAGUUCCAUCUACCACUGCUGCAACCACGGCAACAGAGCCUUCCACCACUGUGAUGACGGAUGUUACCACACCAACCAUACCAGCCACAACCGGAGCUGUAACCACCCCCGAACCAAUAACCACAGCUGCGACACCUCUACUAUCUACAACAACAUCCCUGCCAAAACCAACACCAAAAAAGCCUGGCGCUUGUCCUACAAAAUACACCACACCCUGUCCCAACGAUCACCUGUGUGAACACGACCGCCAGUGCCUCGCGGAUGAAAAGUGCUGCAAACACUCUUGUGGAUUUUUGGCCUGUACAAAGAUGGUGCAGCUUAAUAAACCAGGGUCUUGUCCUUACCUUCCACGGCCAUCGUCAUGUUCUUCUCGACCAAAAGAGUGCAACUAUGAUACUGAUUGCAGUGGAGACCUCAAAUGCUGUAACAACGGCUGUGGGAAGAUCUGCGUCUCAACCGACUACACCCCACCGCCUGAUCCCUUCAAAGGAAGGUGUCCACCGUAUUCGCCAAAUAAAAAAUGUCCAAGCUCAGUUCAAGAUGAAUGUACAUGUGAUUCUAACUGCGAUGAGGAUGAUGGUUACAAGUGCUGCUUUGACGGGUGUCGACGGUUGUGCAGGAAGAAAGCUGAACCGUCAUGCGUCCAAGGGGUUGACGUUGCCUUCCUAAUGGACUCGUCGGAAAGUAUCACCGACGAAGAUUUUGAACGGGAAAAGAAGGCCGUGAAGGAGAUAGCUCGAAAAUUCUUAAAAGCCUCGCGAAAAAGCCGAGCUGGUGUCAUCAUGUAUAGCGGUAGACCAGAACUAAGCAUUGACUUCAGAAGUCAAAGUUCCUUGGACACCUUUCAGUCUGAGGUGGAAGCCCUGUCACACAGACGUAGUAAGACAAGGAUAGAUCUUGCCCUUCGUUAUGCUGCGGAUUCUCUGUUUUUGAAUCGGCGUCCUUCUGUGAUCUCGAUUGCUGUGGUGAUGACCGACGGGGUGCAAACACCCGAACCUAAUGUCGAGCCUCUUGGUAAGGCUGUGGUACCUCUGCGUUCAAAGGGGGUACGCGUUCUCGCGGUGGGCGUGGGACCCAGGGUGAACCGGAGUGAGUUGGAGGAAUUGGUUACCAGUCAGGAGGAUGUUUUCAAGAUGAGCUCGUUUCAGGAAUUACUGGACAAGUCUGAUAAGCUUCUGGAAGCCGUCUGCCCACAACCACCAGGUCUCAUUGGCACAACACCAAGAGAAGCAACCACUGCAAGCACAACACCAAGAGAACCAACCACCGGAACAACUUCACCAAUACCAACGACGCAGUCUUCCACAACACAUUCGUCAGUCAGUACGACUCCUAGCGAACCCGACCCGAAGUGUGACCAGCUUUUGGAUAUUGUCUUCGUGAUGGACUCUUCGCGGAGUAUCGACGCGCCACAGUAUCAGCAAGGGAAAAACUUUGUCAAGAGACUCGCCUCCAUUUUUAAUGUUGGAGCGGGAAGUCGAGCAGCAGUGAUCAUCUACAGCGACGAUACGCAGCUGAAGAUUACUUUUGACCAGUACAAUAACUUGGAUAACUUCCUGUUGGCAGUCGACGAGUUGCCCUACCUUCAGAAGCGAACGAGAAUUGACAAGGCGCUUACUAUGACCUCUCGAGUACUACAGCAGGCCAGACCAGGCUUCCCGAGUGUGGUGAUCGUCAUGACUGAUGGACGUCAAACACGUGAUCCAGAUGCAGUUGAUCUCGAUGUCGCCGCCGACCCUAUUCACCGUCAGGGCGCGCGUGUGUUGGUGGUUGGGAUCGGACCUGAAAUAUCCCAGUAUGAACUUCGUUUGAUUGCGAAAGAUUCUUCAUAUGUUUUUACUGUCCAAUCAUUCGAGGGCUUGAGAAAGGCUAGUCGUGAUGUGGCUGCUUCUGCAUGUGUCAAUCCAGGAAUAUCAACGACGGUUAGUCCCAUUGGUCAGUGUCCAGAGAUAUCCGAUCCUCCUGGUGGCUCCUGUUUUACCUACAACCACACUUGCCUGUCUGACGAACAGUGUUCCUCCGGUUUCCUUUGCUGUUUUGACGGCUGUCGGCUUACAUGUCUACCGUCUGUGGGUGAAGUAACCGGUAAUUGCUACCGUUGUUAUUGUUGUUGUAGUUGUUAUGGCUACAUCUGGUUAUUAGGGCAACACGAGUACAAACUCUCGUCGUAUAAAUGUAAAUACCCCAAGAGGUGUUUUUUCUUAUUGCUCAGUUAGAGCCAGUAUUGGCAAUGUCGUUUCAGCUUUCAGCUAUCACCUAAUGACAACAACAAGAAAGGGCCUGCAUUUAGCCUUCCCUUGCUCUUACCACCUCUUUAGCAAGGCUUAAGUUGCCGUUUAGUCCUGCAGAAAAAUGCUUUGAGCUCAAGAACACUCUAAGGCGAUGUUUGGACCGAAAA